CCAUUUUCCAUAUUUGCAUUAAUUCUCUUCGUUGAAUUACCUUAGAGAGAGAUGGAGGGCUCUUGGAACUCAGUGAGUAUCAUUCUUUUAAGCCUUUCUUUUCUCGUCUUCAAUUCAACUUUUUUAGGCGCAUAUGGGGCUCCAUCUGGACACUUGUGCCGUCAAGACCAGAGGGAUGCUCUUCUAGAGCUAAAGAACGGGUUUCAACAGUCUUUUCGUCCCUUUAGAGAUUUGAGGUGGAGCACAACAUAUUGGAAGAAAGAAGGAGAUUGUUGUUCUUGGGAUGGUAUUACUUGCGAUAGCAAGUCAGGGGAAGUGAUCGGGCUAGACCUUGGCGUAAAUUCCCUUGAGGGAGAGAUCAAUUCAAGUAGCAGUCUUUUUAAGCUACACAAUCUUCGUGCUCUCAAUCUUGCUUACAAUGAUUUCAAAUCUUCUUUCCUCUCCAUUCAAUACACUACAUUCACGGAGUUAACACUACUCAACCUUUCUCACUCUAAUUUUUCGGGUAAAAUUCCAGUCGAGCUGCUUCAGCUAACUAAGUUGGUGUCUCUCGAUCUUUCUUCUAAUUCUUUAUCAGCUGAAAAAUCAUUUCUUGACAAUCUUUUCCGGAAUUUGACAACCCUCAAGGAGCUAAGCCUAGGUUCCGUUGACAUUUCCUCAGAAAUUCCAGAAAAUAUCACAAACCUAUCCUAUCUAAAAUCACUCUACUUGGACGAUUGCAACUUGAUCGGUGGCUUUCCAAGUAGGGUUCUUUUGAUUCCUACUAUAAAAUCCCUUUCGUUGAGUGGCAACAACAAAAUGGAAGGCCCUCUCCCAAAGUUUCAUGGAAAUAACUCUCUUGAAGUUUUGGACCUCUCUUCCACAUCUUUUUCGGGUAAUAUACCAAAUUCUAUCGGUAACCUCAAACAUUUGAAUGUCUUGAAACUUGACUACUGUAAUUUCAGUGGUUUGAUUCCUUCGUCACUUGGAAACCUUUCUGGUCUGACCUUUGUCAGCCUCUCUGGUAACAAUUUUGUUGGUGAAAUCCCAUCUUCUUUUGGUAGUUUGAAGCAGUUGACCACCUUAAUUGUUGAGUCCAAUAAGCUUAGUGGUGAGUUUCCCCUUCAACUACUCAAUCUUACGAAAUUGUCGAGUUUAUCACUUGCCUAUAAUCAAUUCACAAGUACACUCCCUCCAAAUAUGAGUUCACUCUCUAACUUGGAAAACUUUGAUGCAAGACAAAAUUCUUUUGUUGGAUAUAUCCCUUUUACACUCUUCACCAUUCCUUCUUUGAGAGUUAUUUAUUUGAGUGAUAACCAACUCAACGGAACUCUGGGGUUUUCAAAUAUGUCUUCACCAUCUCACCUAAACAAUAGCAGUUUGUCGGGUUUAUACCUUUCGAACAACAGAAUCACAGGUCAAGUGCCAAGCUGGUUGUGGAGUCUGCCAAAUUUGAUUACUGUGGAUCUUUCCAACAACAGUUUCAGUGGUUUCGAUGGAUUCACAAAGGAUAUCUCUACAAGCAAGAUCAGUGUGCUAGAUCUGAGGUCAAAUGAUUUCCAAGGACCACUAUUUGUCCCAAGAUGGCCCAUCACAGACCUAUUGGCAUCAGGAAACAAUUUCUCCGGAGAGAUUCCCAUAUCGAUAUGUGAUAUGACCUCUCUGGAUAUCCUAGAUGUUGGUAACAACAACUUGAAUGGAUCCGUUCCGGAGUGUCUUCGGAAGCUCAUGGAAAGGUCUAUAUCAGUUUUAGACCUUGGUGAUAAUCACCUCGGGGGAAACUUACCAGAUAUAUUCAUGAAUGCCAGCAAUAUGAGGUCACUCAAUGUUGGUCACAACAAUUUCGUGGGGAAACUUCCAAGAUCGUUGAUUGGUUGCUCAUCUUUGGAGGUUCUAAACGUGGAACACAAUGGACUCAACGACACUUUUCCAUUCUGGUUGCAUCUACUGAAGAAGCUACAAGUUCUAGUCCUCCGGUCAAAUGAGUUUCAUGGGUCGUUACAACAUCAUUUUCAAGGUCAUUUUUGGUUUACUCAGUUGCGAAUUAUUGAUAUAUCACACAAUGACUUCACAGGGACCUUAGCAUCUGAUUUCUUCAUUUAUUGGAGCGCAAUGUCCUCAAAGGGAGAUCGUCCAAAAUGGAAGUACAUUGGGGGUAUUUCAUAUUACCAGGACUCAAUAGUUUUGACGAAUAAAGGAGUAGAGUUGGAGUACACCAGGAUCUUUACAAUCUUAACAACCAUUGAUUUCUCAGGAAAUAGACUCCACGGAAAGAUCCCUGAAUCUGUUGGUCUACUGAAGGAUCUUAUUGUGCUCAAUCUUUCAAGAAAUUCUUUCACUGGAAACAUCCCUUCAUCUUUGGCGAGCCUGACUCAGCUUGAGUCACUAGACUUGUCUCACAACAAGCUUUCAGGCCAAAUUCCAUCUGCGCUCAGGGACCUCACAACACUAUCGUUCAUCAAGUUUUCCCACAACAAGCUAAUAGGUCCUAUACCGCAAAGCACACAGUUCCAGACGCAAUCUGCUUCGUCUUUUGAAGAAAAUAUUGGACUCUGUGGUCCUCCCCUUGACAAAAACUGCGGAGGUGUCAACACGCAGCCAUCACAACAACCAGAAACAGGGGAGGAAGAAGAAGAAGGAGUGUUGAACUGGACUGCAGCUGCCAUAGGCUUAGCACCUGGAGUCAUCUUCGGAAUAACGAUUGGACACAUCGUGAUUACACUCAGGAGGCUUCAAUGGUUAAUGAAGAUUUCCGGUGUGACGAAGCCUAGAUGCCAAGGCUCACGUUAGGUCAUUACAAUUUCGAGCCACAACACAAAGGAAGCCCUAACUUGGGGAACAAGGAUGACCAAGCGGACAAGAGGAUGAAGUUACAUUUUCAUUAGAAAGUUUCAUGUGUCAUUCAGUCAUUCUACUUGCAUUUGGUUCUGGUCAUUUGACUUGAUUUCACCAAAUGAGAAAAGACUGUAAAACAAAACAAAACGAACAAAUAACUGUAAUUACUUGUCAAAAGUAAAUAAUCGGUUCUUGUUUUUUUUAUUUCGUGGUGGGACAUUGUAAGCAAAUGAAUAAAUAACAUGUCCGUCUGUGUAGACGUGCAGAAGAUGUAAUCUUAAUUUUGGUUACCAAAUAUAUUAAGGAACUGCGAGAUUAUGUUUU